GUAAAAAUGUAACAUCAUCAGUGGGUCUACUGGUAACGUUCUGGUAAGCUCUUAACUAUCAAUGAACACCAUGUUUGUGCCGAUUGUCCUGGCGAUGGUCUGCCUCGCCAGCAGCACGGUCUUGGCUGCUUAUGACAAGCCAUACUACGACGUGGAAGACGCUGAGAACCUUUUCAAAAACUUUAUCCAAGAGCAUAAGAAAGUAUACAACCGAAGAGAAUACUAUGAAAGGCUUGAGAUUUUCAAGGAAACUUUGAGAGAAAUAAAUGAGCGAAAUGACAUGUUUCCUGAUACUGUAUUUGCUGUAAACCACUUUGCUGAUCUGAAACCUCAUGAGCGGGAGCAAUACCACGGUCUCAAACUCCCAAGUGGAAAUAGAACGAAAGCGGUACUCCUUGAUUUGCCCGAGGCUACAGCUACUGAAUUGGACUGGAGGAAGAAAGAUGCGGUUACUGAUGUCAAGAGCCAAGGACAAUGUGGCAGUUGCUAUAUCUUCAGUGCUGUUGGCGCAAUUGAAGGGCAGUACGCUAUCAAACACAAACAAUGUCCAGUCAUAAGGCUAACCGAAGGACAGGCCCUUGACUGUCUUAACUGUGGAAGUUGCGGUGGAGGAGUAAUGCAUGCCGUUUUCCAGGAAUUAGCUCAAAAAAAGAAAAAGUUGGAGAAGGAAGCAGACUAUCCCUAUGAAGAUUCCAAAAAAGACUGCCAUGAAGAUCAGAGUAAGGGAGUUGCCUUGGUAAUAGAUGGUAAAGAAGUAACAAUCCCCAACGAAGAAGAGCUGAAGAAAUUGUUGUCAAACUAUGGACCUUUAGCAGUUGGCAUAAAUGCAGCGGACCUUCAUCAUUAUGCAAAGGGAAUACUAGAACCGGACCAGUGCAAAGGGAAAAAAGUUGACCAUGGCGUGGUCUUGGUGGGAUAUGGAGAAGAAAAUGGGAAACAGUACUGGCUGAUUAAAAACUCGUGGGGAACGGUUUGGGGCGAGAAAGGCUAUGUGCGUCUGCGGCGAGGAGUCGACGCGUGCAAGAUGGGCACAGGCUACACGGCUACCUGUAAUGUUGAAUAACAUUGCCUUAACCCUGUCUAUCGAUUACACGCAUUCCGCAUUCUCAAUGGUUAUAAAAUACUUUUCAACAUAGGUCAUAAGUCAUAAGCAAAAUUCUAAAUUUAACCUGUGUAAGGAGUUCGUUUACUUGUUGCAUAUUGUACGAUCUUAUGAAUACUCAAAUAAAUUUGGCAUAAUUGUAUUUAA